AUGGAUGACAGAAAUGCCCAGGUACACCCAGAGGGUAGGAUCAAAGCUCUAGGGGCCCAGCCAAGCCCUGGCCUGAGGACCACCAACAAGGGGGCUAAUGUUGGGCCCACCAUACCAGGAGUCAGCCAGGCUGUGUUUCCAGAUGUUUCAGGAAUGGACAGUGGGAAGCAGCCCUCAUCAGGUCCAGAAAGUCCAGAGAGGGGGUCUGGAUACACAGCAGCAUCAGAAGAGCUGCCUCCAGAGCUCAAGACCCUGGAGCUGAAGCUUCAGGAGGGGCCAGGGAAGAAGCAAUCAUCUUGGGAUUCCCAGGAAGGACCUAGGAAGCUGCAAGCAGGCCAGGAUCAGACCAAGCCGGGGAGCAAGCUGGGAUUGCAGCCUCCCAGGGUCCCUGUAGCAUCUGGUUCAGAGAAAGAGCCUGAUAGCCAGCAGGGGAGGCAGCCCCCUGAGAGUGGCCAGGUGCGGCGGUGCUGGAUGAAGGGACCAGCCGUGGAAGUGCAUGCUGCAGUCGUGGUAGGCAUAGGGCUUCUCGCCCGUGUGGAUGCGCUGGUGCUUCAGCAGCAGCGAGUUGUGCUUGAUGCUCUUGCCUUAGGUCUCGCAGUGGUGCAGCUUCCCUCCCGGAGUGCGCCUCUGCUGGUCUCAGAAGCUCACGCCCAUACCAAGGCUGCUGCCCAGCUCCUCCCACCCACAGGGGCCGCCCCUGGUCCCGGGGCUCCCUGCGAUGGGAGCGUCGAGCGCCAAGCACCGCUUCUCAGGCAGAAUCUGGAGGGUCAACCAACCCCAGGUCACCAGGUGGCAAAUGGGCCAGACAUGACACAGUCAACAGAGCCUUCUUGCACCUUGGACACCUGUGGAGAACCCCUGGGAGACAAGCCUCCCAAGAAGGCAAGUACCCUGUAUAUCAACACAGAGGGCACUCUACCACAGCCAGGGCCCAGAAGGCAUGAGGUUGGUUCCCAGGAAGCAAUGCCCCUCACGCCAUUGGCAACCCUGGAAGAAAAGAUGGACAACCUUUUCCAGCCAUCAAAGCCAGGAUCUGAAACACCUGAAGGAGGGUGA